AUGUGCGACUACAUUCAGAGAGAAUAUGCCUGCCGGCACUACCGCUGGAUAGCCUCUUCAUGGUGUCGUGAAUACACCAUUACCCACAAGAGGUGCUCACCGAACGUAGCUCACUUUGAGCACAAAGAUAUCGAGUGUGGGGAGUGCAAGAGCAGGAUAAGGGGAGCAGUCCCAUGGGAACACAUGAUUAGACGCGACAAGAGCCAGGUGUAUUAA